AUGGGGUUUCUGACAGAUCACCAACACACAGCAAUUACGGACUUGGUCUUCAGGGCCAUCUCCGAUGAUUCCACCUCUUUAGAGAUAGAAUUGCCCACGUUGAUCGAUUUGAUCGACAAUUAUAGAGAAGCUAAUGAUUACACAUACACUCUGAAUCAGGAGGAGGCUGCUAGAGCCAUCAGAAAGAGGUUGAAGUAUGGGCAGGUAGAGCAGCAGAAGAGAGCAUUGGCAUUGUUGGAUUUGAUCAUUGUUCAGGAAUUGAGGUACUCUGCCAUGUUUAAUGAUGAAAAAUUAUUGAAACUCUUGGAAGCGAUGGCUGUGAAUGAAUCCUCUUAUGGAUUUGAUUUGGAAGUGGUUAGGAUUACCCUAAGGUAUAUGAAGAAAUGGAAUCAAUUUUUGGUGCAAAAUAGAGCGUAUAAUUCGAGGUGUUAUCAGGGAUUGUUCGAUUUGACUGAUAAAUUGAAGGACCAAAAACUACGGAAGAAUGUCGGCACGUCUAAUUCUUCUUCCAAUGGUGGGUUGUUAGGGUCAGGUUCAAGGUUUGCAGUGAGAGACACCAAACGUAGUAGAAGGAAUCGUAGAAAACAACAAGGUAAGAAAAGAUCGGGUUUCUUAAAUGAUUCAGCUGAUGAAUCUGUCUAUAGAUCGGUCAGUACCACUUCCGGGAGAGGUAGUUCACAGAGGACUAAUUUGCAACCAGCAGACAGGAAGUAUAGAAUUCCUCAAAUUGAUUUGAAAAAGGAAGGCCCAAAAAUUAGUCAAAUAAUAAGUGAUUCAUUAGCAGCGGCUGUGGCCUUACAAAAUGCAUUAAUUGUUUUACCCAGUGGUAUGAGUGCUCUAGAUGAUGAAAAUUGUACAAGCAAAUUUAUUCAGGCUAGAGCCAUUAGAAGAAAAGUUUUGAGAUAUUUGCAACUGGUUACUGAAGGUGAUUAUCUGGGCUCCCUAUUGUAUGCCAAUGACGAAUUGGUGAAGGCAUUGACUUUAUAUGAUGACAAGAGUGGCGGUUCCCAAUCUGAUGUGGGUGAAGACGAUGACGACGAUGACGACGAUAGUUAUGAUAGUGACAGUGAUUUCGAAGAGGAGCAGGUAAGACGUCCAAAUAUCUAUACAGACUCAGUCUCUCAUGCCCAAUCAGUGGAAACAGAUCCGUUCGCUGACCACAAUGUGAUCUAA